AUGGUUGUCCUGUCGCACGCUUUCUUCUCUGUGUUUACUCUUACAGUGCUGUUGAAUGUUUUUAACUUUUAUGUCACCCAAUCGGCAGAUACCAUCGUGCCCUUUAGUACCUGUCAAGAAUGUAUUGAUUCUAAAUGCCAUAAGGACGAACAACAUCAAUGCACCCAAACUAAAAAUAGUGCUGUGUAUUGCUUCAAGUGUGAACCAACUCCUGCAGGUGACCGACAGUUCAAUAGUAAAUUUGAAUGCAGGAAUAAUUGUGAGGACAAGACAAAUUGCAUGUGCGACUAUGCGUGUUGGGUGUGCGUUAACAACAGCAAAGUGGAAGAAAUGCAUUGCGAUAUGCCGAAAAAUGUGUUCGAUGAUUCUUGUAAUUUGAUUCCGUACAAACCUUAAUGAGGUCAUGUAAAAACAUAAUUACAAUUAUGUAUAUAAAUUUAUU